GGGAGCAGAGAGAGAGAGAGAGAGAGAGAGAGACGGAGAGAGAGAGGGAGAGAGAGAGGGAGAGAGAGACGGAGAGACUGAGCGCGCACACACGCGCGCUGCGCUCUGAUGGUGAUGACACACACGGCAGCGACUACACGGGCCUCCGGCAGCUUCACGUCGUCUCGACACUGUCUGUGAAACGCGCGACUCGUCUGGUCUGGACUCCAUUUCGUUCCUUUUCUUCUUUCUCUCUGUCUUUUUUUUUUUUUUUGCGCCGUUGUUUUUGGAGAGGAGCGCCGAAGCGGUGCGGUGAAGGAUCGGACGCAGCCUCUUCCUCCGGUUCGACUCCGAGAGCGCAGCCACUGACUGGAGCAGGUAUAUCGCUCUUGUGGGAGAAAGAAAGGAGGAGAACUGCUUAUUCAAGGAUUCUUUUUUUUCCCCCUGAAGUAAAUAAACACAGCCGAGGCUUUCACAGCUCGGGAGCUUUAUUGUAAGGAGGAUAUAACUUCAACUCGGAGGUAAACACAUAGCCUGAGAGAGUAGCCCGGCGCAGUCCGAGGAGAGGGGACGUUCCGGCUCUGCCAUGGAGGUCGCAGCGGCCGACCAGUCUCGGUGGAUGGCGCACCAUCACGCGGUGCUGAACGGCCAGCACCCGGACUCUCACCACCACAGUCUGAGCCACAACUACAUGGAGCCCAUGGCGCCUUUACUGCCCCAGGACGAGGUGGACAUGUUUCUGAACCACCUGGACUCUCAAGGGAACCCCUACUACACCAACUCCCGGGCCAGGGUCACCUACAGCCAGGCGCACGCUCGUCUCAGUGGGAACCAGGUUUGCCGACCACACCUCAUCCACAGCCCCGGCAUCCCCUGGCUGGACCCCGGGAAAGCUGCCCUGUCCGCCGCGCACCACCACAACGCGUGGGCGGUCAGCCACUUCGGCAAGCCCGGCCUGCACCCCACCAGCUCCGGCUACCCCUGCAGCAGCAACACCGGCACGGCCCCGGUGUCGUCGCUCACGUCGGCGUCCCACUCCAGCCCGCACCUCUACAGCUUCCCCCCGACUCCGCCGAAGGACGUGUCGCCGGACCCGGGCCCCACCUCCCCGACCUCCACCUCGACCAGGAUGGACGAGAAGGAGUCGAUUAAGUCCUACCAGGUGCCGCUGACGGACGGCAUGAAAAUGGAGAGCUGCAGUCCCCUGCGCAGCGGCCUGGCCGCGAUGAACGGCCAGGCCGGGGCCACGCAUCACCCCAUCCCCACCUACCCGGCCUACCCUCUGCACACGCCCCAUCACGAGUACGGCGGCAGCCUCUUCCACCCCGGCAGCCUGCUCGGCGGAUCCUCCUCCAGCUUUACGCCCAAGUGCAAAAGCAAAGCCAGGUCGAGCUCAGAACUCUAUGCAGAGGGCCGUGAAUGUGUGAACUGUGGUGCCACCUCCACCCCUCUGUGGCGACGGGACGGCACCGGCCACUACCUGUGCAACGCCUGCGGACUGUACCACAAGAUGAACGGCCAGAACCGACCGCUCAUCAAGCCCAAACGCAGACUGUCCGCUGCUAGACGCGCAGGCACCUGCUGCGCAAACUGCCAGACCACCACCACCACCCUGUGGAGGCGCAACGGGAACGGAGACCCGGUGUGUAACGCCUGCGGCCUUUACUUUAAACUGCACAAUGUUAACAGACCCCUGACCAUGAAGAAAGAGGGCAUCCAGACGCGCAACCGCAAGAUGUCCAGCAAGUCCAAGAGGAACAAGCGAACAGGGGACGGCUUUGACGAGCUCUCCAAGUGCAUGCAGGACAAGGCCUCUCCCUUCGGCGGUGCGCCCGGCCUGAGCCACAUGGCCCACAUGGGUCACCUUCCCCCCUUCAGCCACUCGGGACACAUGCUGCCCACUCCCACGCCCAUUCAUCCCUCAUUCGGUCACCCCCACCACUCCAACCGCUCGCCGGUCUGGGCCGAGCCCCACUGAGGCCCCUCAAGACCCCGAAACCCCUCCGCACGUUUGAGCCAUGACGCCGCCAUUAACACUAAAUGGCCUUCACAUCAAAUCGAAAGCUGAGCAGACUCGUUGCGUCAUGUACAGUGGUUGUAGGGGAGGGGGACGUUCGGUUGGACUUUAUGCCUGAAGGUCGCGUCAUGCCUGACCUCACCAGUGGAACACCACACAGAGAGAGAGAGCGACAGCGGGCUCUGUGCAGAGCUAACGUGACGAGGGGCUGCCUAUAGUCCCUGGGUGUUGGGGGCUUGCGGGAAUGGAGUGAAUGGAGAUGCUUGUCAUUCUUUUUGCUUAUUUUUACUAAGUCACUUUGGUACCUGCCUCUCCAUGACCCUGUAACAGGAGACUCACGAGAGGUCUUGAAAGAACCGCUGUUUCCACCUCACGACCAUCUCAAAUAUAUGCUGAGACACGUGCACCCUGUCCAUCCCCGGGCUGCCACCCACAACCGCUGUGGACAGACAGACAGACGGACGGACGGACGGACUCUUCAGUGCUGGAGGUGGAGAAGACUGGCUGACAGCUGCGGCAGCCGUAGGCCUCUGUUACCAUCCAGUCAGGCCCAGACCACAACACCCACCAACCAGUUCUCUCCUCACAUGCUGGAUUGUAUACCACCACAGCGCUCACCUGUUUUUAAUAAUGGACUUUUAUGGAGAAAAGACACCGUAAAUAAAGUGUUUAUAAAUGCUUGAUUGCUAUUAUUGUUGUUAUAUUUGAUGUUAUAAUUAUUGCUACGAUAAUUUAUUUUCACUCUUUAAGCUUUCGUCAAAGACACAUGGAAACUGUUAUGAUUUUCAUUUCAUGGUUAUUACGUAAAGAAAAACACUGACCUAUCUUAGAUGAAAAGGCCCUGAGCUGUAUGUUUUUAUCAUUUUUCCAUCUCACAAAAGUAAAGUAAAUAAAGUUUAAUACUGAAGUACA